UGGCCGUCCCGCGCGCCGCCUGCGGGCGGCGCCGCUGCGCCCGCGGGCUUCGGGAGGCGCUGGGCGCCCUGUGCGCGGCGUGCAUCGCUGGCGCGCGCUCCCCGGCCCCUGGCUGGCUGCUGCGGCCGUGGUCCCCCGGCGGGGCGCCGGGGCCGUGGCGGGCGCGGUCCACGGCGCCGAACCGGCACUUGUGGUCAUGGCGCCAGCAUCGCAGAGCGGAUUUCGCUCGAUCGGAGAACCAUGGGGCCCGGAUUGUCGCGGAGAGUUUCGUGCCGGACUUCGAUGUGAGUCUCGCGCGGAUUUUGUUUGGCCAGGGGUGA